AUGGCCGGCUGGUUCGCAUCCAAUUCGGCGCUCGACGAACAAAUUGAGAAAGCGACCUCUUCGAGCUUGGAGGAUAUCGCUCUCAACUUGGAAGUAUCAGACAUCAUACGCUCAAAAAGCGUGCAACCCAAAGAAGCAAUGCGAUCUUUGAAACGGAGAAUAGGCCACAAGAAUCCUAAUGUGCAAUUAGCUACGCUGGGGCUUACAGACACAUGUGUCAAAAAUGGUGGAUCUCAUUUCCUCAUCGAGAUUGCAUCGAGAGAGUUUAUGGACAAUCUCACAUCUCUACUGCAGGCGCAUGGCUCUUCUGCACCCAAUGAGGACGUCAAAAACAAGAUACUGGAACUCAUACAGGCCUGGGCUAGUGGUACAGAAGGCCGCCUUGACGCCUCUUACAUAGGCGAAACCUUCAGGACUUUGCAACGAGAAGGUUUCAGGUUUCCUCCGAAAACCGACGUCUCCAGAAGUAUGCUUGACAGCAGUGCACCGCCAGAAUGGAUCGAUUCGGACGUGUGCAUGAGAUGCCGAACGCCGUUCAGCUUUACCAAUCGAAAGCAUCACUGUCGGAAUUGUGGCAGUGUCUUUGAUGCUCAAUGCUCCUCAAAAUCGAUACCUCUACCACAUUUGGGUAUAAUGCAGCCGGUACGAGUGGAUGAUGGUUGUUAUGCUCGAUUGACCGACAAGGCGAAUAGCGGACCUUUACCUGAGAGAUCGCUCGCCAAAGGAAAUGCCAGCAUAGUCAGGCAACGUAGUUCCAUGCAACCACGAGAUGCAAGAGUCGACGAGGGUUUUGACGACGACUUGAAACGCGCUCUCCAGAUGAGCCUUGAGGAAGUCAAAGGCCAACAAGGGGCUGGCUACGUUUCUCAAUCCGAGCUAAGAGCACAGAAGCCCAAGUCCACACUUAAUGAAACAAGAAAAGUAACCCCUGAGCGUGAGGAAGAAGAUGAUCCAGACUUAAAAGCUGCUAUAGCCGCUUCUAUUAAGGAAAUGGAAGAACAAAAGAAACGACAUGCUAAAAGUCUGAAGGAGCAAGCCUCAAGUAGAGCAGCGACAACGACCUCCGAAGUGGCCAGACCUGACAACAAGUAUGAGCUUACCCCUACGGAGGCAGAAAAUAUCAGUCUGUUUUCGACCCUUGUUGAUCGGUUGCAACAUCAGCCACCUGGAACAAUCCUCAGGGAGCCGCAAAUUCAAGAGCUCUAUGACAGCAUAGGCGCUCUGAGGCCUAAACUUGCCAGAUCGUAUGGAGAGACGAUGAGUAAACACGAUACCUUACUCGAGUUACACGGGAAGCUAGCUACUGUUGUUCGUUAUUAUGAUCGCAUGCUGGAAGAGCGUCUCUCCCACACGUACGGUCAGCACAAUAUAGGCGGCUAUCAGAAUUUCCAUGCUCCCCAAUCGUCCAACAUCUAUCCCCAAAUACCUUCUGAGCCACCAAGUGGACCGCCUGGUGCCGAAAGCUAUUACAAUCUGAACGGACCUCCUCCGGCAGAAAAUAACCCAUCUCAUCACCACCCUUCCCAAUACUCCUCCCAAUCACGAUCGCCACACAUGCAGCGGGAGCCCCCUCCGUCGAGUGCCACCUCGAACCAAGGCGUCCCUUCCAUACAGCAGCAGCCGAACUAUCAUUCCCAAAUACCUCAGCGAACGUCAAGCAUGGUAGGAUAUCCAUCAAUACCAAUCCAGAAUGGGGAUCCCACCUACUAUUCCACUCCCAACCCACCGGUCCAGCCGUAUCAGUCUUACCCGAAUCAAGCGCCUCCCCAAACACCUACUCAAGACCCAGCUAUCUCUUACAAUGCAACCCUUUCGAACCCAGAUGUUUCUCCACCAGAGUCUUACCACGAGCCGCCGCCUUUGUCAUAUCAACAGCAUCAGCAGCAACCUUACCAAACACAAUCGAACCAACCUAUUCAAAUUCCCCAGCAGCAGACGCACCAGCCAGCCCCGCAACAAGACCUUUACCAGCAGCCUCAGGGUGCCCCUCCGUCGUCAGUGCCAGGGUAUAGUUACACAAAUUAUUCACAGGAUAAUUUCCCGGCAGCUCCCCAACAUCAGCCAUUGCAAGCACCGAAGGAGGAGGCUUUGAUAGAGCUUUGA